UGAGGAAGUUUACAUACCGACAAGCAACACGAGGUCAUGUAUGAAUCUCUGUGGACACAUUGAAGUCGGCUCUUGAAAUGUCUUCUAUUUUAAUCAAUGCCCUUUUAUCAAGUUGCCAUGAUCCGGAUACUUUGUUUAACACGUUGUGCUGGCCAACUGACUCGUGGCCGGACACAGAAAGAGUAGAGGCACUGACAACGUUUAUUGAUGGAAUUGGUAAACUACCCCAGUCUGACACAUCUGACGAUGGCGACAAAGUUGCCUUUUCAAUUGCAAAAAGAGACAUCUUUCUACGAAAAGUUGAAUCGAUCAUUUGGACACAAUGUUUACCACUUCUCUUGAAAGUCUCUAACGGAGACGGGGCGUGCAAAGGUAAACGUGUGCCAGAUGGAAGGGCUGAAAUCACCAUCGCUGUGUGCAGGCUUCUUUCUGUCUGCAUCAACACACUGUGUGACACGGUAGUUUCGGGGCGAGUCGCCCGCGCUGUCCUGCCAUCCUUCCAGCUGCCAGACCGGGAGACAGAGGAAGAGCUUCCCGGCCAGGGUGAGGGGCGGCUGGGUAUCGACGUGGCUAUCGAAGCCAUGUCAGUCAUCCUACCUGCUCUCUCAUCCAACGAAGAAUUGACCACGUCGAUCCUCUCAUCUGCCCUGUCUUGUAUCAAGACGUUGCCGGAUGCUCUGGUCUCCAAAAUCACCGUUCGGCUUAUUUUCACUCUCCUCAACUGCUACAGCGAGGAUGGGAUAGCGAGUAAACUCCGUUUGAUUUUAGAGGAUUUGUGUAGUUGGCACAAAAGUGACAGCUCAAACACGGACUCACCUGUGGUGACAGGACGCGCCUUGCUGUGUUUAACAACUCUCUCGGACUAUCUCUUCUCUCCGGCUAAACUACAGAAACACACCCUUCCUCAAAGUCUGAGCUAUACUCGACCUGACCCUCGUCGUUCUCUGCAGUUCUGGACGAUUCUACAAGAUGGACUGACGCACAAAGACAACGUGUCCCGGAAGCGGGCGUUGUACCUGCUGAAAAGGUGUGUCGCUCUGUCAGAGGAUGAGGCGGUUUACUUUCCAAGCAGUUCAGGGUCAAGUGAAGAUAAUGAUGAUAUCAUAUUCAGAUGGGCCCCAGACAGAUGCAAGCUGCUCAGAGAGUUCUGGGAGGACUAUGCCUUGGUUAUGGAGACACUGGAGGAGAACCAGAUUCACGUGGUCCGCCCUGUGCUCAACAGAAUCCAUACGUUGAUCCAAACAGCAGCCAAUGAUAGUCAAGGCGUCAGUCUGUUCCACCCGUCAUGGCUGCUGGGUGUGUACCAGCGUAUGUUCCACAGUGAGAACAAGUCCGUCAUGAGAGAGGGAGUGGAUCACCUACUGGAACUCCAGGUGCUCCGACGCCCUGCCUUCGCCCUGGCCUUCUCACAGUUCAUUCUGGGUCCUUUCAUGGAUGUGAUGUCUGAAAGCUCCCUCUUUCACAGGACUGCAGGACAGAGUGUAGGAGAGUGUCCUGAGCUGGGAGUCAAGCUGCAGGUCUUCAUGGUCACGUUCUUCAGCAGCCUGCCACAGGAGAACAGAGGUCCUGUGUUGCUGCAGCUUGUCCAGCGGCUAGGUUCUCAACACUGGUGUGCUGUCCCCAUCCUCUUCCUCUCUCGGGCCCUGUCCCACCUUCCUCCCAGCCCUCUCCUGGGCCCCGACGGCCUGCAAGCUCUCAGGGAGGUGCUCCGCUGCACUAUGAUCACCCACCAGGUGCUACUGAGAGGAGCUGCCCAGUGUUUCCUGCUGAACAGUGCCCUCUCCCUGACAGAUGUGACCUUAGUGACAUUGGAUGAUGUGUUUAGUUUGCUGGUGCAUUUCAGAGCAGACGAGUCUCUACGUAGAGGAACACCGCUCUGGAAUCAGCUGUGUGACUGGCUGGCACAGGUGAGUCAGGCCCUGUGUCUGGAAUCAGGUGAUGGUGUGGGGUGGCAGGCACAGGUGAGUCCCGGCUGGCUGGCACAGGUGAGUCCCGGCUGGCUGGCACAGGUGAGUCCCGGCUGGCUGGCACAGGUGAGUCCCGGCUGGCUGGCACAGGUGAGUCCCGGCUGGCUGGCACAGGUGAGUCCCGGCUGGCUGGCACAGGUGAGUCCCGGCUGGCUGGCACAGGUGAGCCGGCUGGCACAGGUGCUGGCUGGCACAGUCCCGGCUGGCACAGACCAGACAGACAGUGUCCCAGACCCAGGAGAGGCGGAGCUGCUAGCCAAGGCCAUCCUACUGUGUGUUGACAUAGAGGGGAGGACUCAGAGGUCUGGAGGAGAGCAGACUACUGGUGUCAGCGGUGGGAUGGACUCGCUCUUACGCCCCCUACUGGACACACUGAGCAGGCUCCACACUAAUGUCUACCUGCCGCUACGCAAGACUGACAAGAGCCUGCAGCUGCUGCUACGACUACUGCAGCUCACACCAGCCAGACACACCCCUGCUGCAGUACUGCAGCUCACACCAGCCAGACACACCCCUGCUGCAGACCUGCAGCUCACACCAGCCAGACACACCCCUGCUGCAGUAGAGAAAGAACAAGAAGACAGUGUGACGGUCUCCAUGGAAACGUUGGUUCUGGGCGUGGUGGAGCCCAUUCAGGAGUUUAUUCUCCGAAGACUGAGUGGAGAACUACAGGAGCUAUGUGAUGUAGAGCGUGCUGAGCUCUACCUGUCAGUGCUGAAGGAGGUGGUGCUGAUGUACAGUGUGUUAGAGUGGAACCACUCCAAGGUACAGGAGGCCUAUUUCCCCAGACUCCUCAGAUACGUCCUGAGGACCCUAGAAGCUGACCAGAUCCCCUCUGUGGCGGGUCAGGUGUCCAGGGCGGUUGCCAUGGCGUCGUUGGCCAUGACCUGUGAGGUUGCAGCGUUGGGAGUGUUCAACCUCCAAUCAGAGACCACGAUUCUACUGGUCCAUCUGUCUAGCUACUUCUACUCCCCUGCUCCACCCCCAGCCCCUCCUCUCUCUCUGGUCAACUUCAACCAGACCCUGCUGAAACCUCCAACUGCAGCUCAGUCAACAGGUGUUUCAGAGCAGGGUCCUCUCCUCAAGGACUGGGGCCGUAUGGCAGCUCAUUUCAUCCGGGACCAGUGGACGUGCCUGGGAUACGGGAGGAGAAUAGGCCCACCCGGGCCCCUGGAGCUCCCCAGGGCGCCAGGGUCCCUCCAGGCUGCUAUAGAGGCUCUGUCUCUGCUACCCAGUGGCCUGGUACUUCCUGUACUGGACUUCAUGGCCUCCAUGUUGCCACAGGUGGCGCUGUCUGAGGAGGCCCUGUGUGUAGAGGCUGUGACUGUCUCCUGGAAGCUGGUGCUGGGACUGAGCAGUAACCCUCAUGACUUUUGGCCCACCCUGCAGGGCUUUGUGACCAUGGCCUUUCACCACAGCCUGCUGGAGUUAACAGAGGAGCAGGCACCUGGGCUCACUGUUACUCUACAACAGAUAGCCGUUGAGUUGAUGGAACUCUCCCAGGCCAAGACCGGUGUAUUCAACGUUCUGAUCCAACACUGCUGCCACACCUGGCUGCCCUCUGACCCAGGAAGUGAAGGCCAGAGCCAAUCAGAUGCCAUGUUUUCCAGUGCCCUUCUGCACCUUGACAUCCUGGCUGAGGCAUGCGUGUAUGGACCUGUGUUCAGGAGGGACCAGAGGCUGAUCCAGGAGGUUCAGGUCUAUGUGGAGAGGCUUGGAGAGGAGUGUGCUGCUAACACUGCAGUCCCCAGUGAUAACCGGGAUGACCAGUUCCCACGUGUGUGUGUCGUGGCGUUCCUCAGCCGCCUCCAGCCCUCCAAUCAGCUGCAUGAGAGACUGAUGGAAGAACUGGUUCUCUGCUUGCUGAAAAAGGAUGAGGCCAUAUCGAAGUCAAAACAGCGUUACUAUAGCAACUCCCUGCAGCAUCGUGUCAAGAACAGGGUGUGGCAGACACUACUGAUGCUGCUGCCCAAACUGAGAGGGGAGUUUGUAGGUACCGUUCUGGGUCGUGUGUUUGAGGCAGGUUUCGUCAGUAACCAGGCCUCAGUCAAGUACCUGAUAGAGUGGAAGAUGGUUCUAAUCCUAGUCCAGUAUCCUGAACACAUAGACCGACUCUGGGCCUGCUUCAGUGUGGAUCAAGAGAAGACCAAGACCAGUGUCUGUACCUUCCUGUCUGUAUUGGUCCACCUCAACAUCAUCAUGCCUCAACUCAAGGAGAAGGCAGUACAGUGGCGUAAGGCCCUGGAUGUUAUUCUCCAGUGGUGUUUCAGCCAUAACUUCAGUGUUCGUCUGUACGCCCUGCUGGCCCUGAAGAGGGUGUGGGGUCUGGAGGGGGCGAGGGCCGAGGCUGGGGGGGCGGAUGGGCUCGGGGGGCUGGCCACCGUCGUUAAGGCCUGUCUGCACCAGGCUGAGGCCAUGCAGAGUACUGGAAAUGCCAGUAAGAACUGGACCAGGAUUCAGGACCACUUCUUCUUUGGUGUCUUUCAUCCUGUUAGAGACUAUAGUGUGGAAACCAUAUUCUACACAUUCCCCAGCCUAUCAGAGGUGUUUGAGGACGAGUGGAUUCCGCCCUGGAAGUUUGAGAAGUUGGUGGACUUCUCCCAGAGUGCAUCUCUCCCGUUGAGGAACCCUGUCCCUGACCUGAGCCAGAUUCAGCCUGGCGACUGGAUCCAGCAGGAUAAAGGGGAUCAGGAUGGUGAGGAGCGCUGGGCCGAGGUCCAGAAGAAGAUGACCCCCUGGAGGUUGGGGAUCCAUGAACAGGAGCCAGAGGUGGGUCUGGUGCCCCAGCAGAGAGCAGCACGCCUGGGCAAGCUGCACAGUGCCCUCCUGGUGGUUGCCUCGCUCAUAGACAAGCCCACCAACCUGGGAGGUCUGUGUAGGACGUGUGAGAUCUUUGGGGCCAGUGCUCUGGUGUUGGACAGUCUUCGCCACGUCAGUGAUAAACACUUCCAGGCCCUGAGUGUCUCCUCGGAGCUUUGGCUCCCCCUACUGGAGGUGAAGCCCGUAGAACUAGCUGACUUCUUGCAGCUGAAGAAGAAGGAGGGCUACUGCAUUGUGGGAGUGGAGCAGACAGCCAAUAGUCAGAGUCUAAAGGACUACAAGUUCCCUGAGAAGACUCUGUUACUGCUGGGUAAUGAGCGUGAGGGUAUCCCAGCUAACCUGCUCCAGCUGCUGGAUGUGUGUGUGGAGAUCCCUCAGCAAGGUGUCAUCCGUUCCCUCAACGUACACGUGAGCGCCGCCCUGCUGGUGUGGGAGUACACCCGCCAGUACCUGCCCUCUACUGGAGUGAAGUCAGACUGAAAAAGGGAGAGAUGACCUGGAUGAUAAGAAACAAACAUUUUCACUCUGUUGUAAAACGUUUUUUUGUUUAUGUUUUCCAUUGUGUGCACUAAUGAACAUGGCCCUAGUGUGGGGGUAAACCCACCAGUACCUACCCCCUACUGCCCCUGCUGCAGAGUAGGGUUAAGUUGCCCCUUUACAUUGUAGUCAUUAAGCAGAUGCUCUUAAUCAGAGAAACUUACAGUAGUGAGUACAUGCAUGUUCAUACUGGUCCCCCGUGGGAAUCAAACCCACAACUCUGGUGUUGCAAGCACCACACUCACCACACCAUUACCCCCCCCCCCCCUCCCCCUACUGGCCCUGCUGCUGGGGUGACCUCUGAACCUGGAGCCUCUUUGUGAUAACUGUGGUGUGAAGUUGCCCCUAGGCACAGAUCAAAGAUCAGCUUGAAUGCCCUCCCCAAGUCCUAACCUUAACCAUUGGAGGGGAAAACUUGCCACUGACCCAACAGAAACCCAGUGUCAACCUCACCCUACUUCAGCCCUCUGGGAUCUGGUCAUGAAGGAAAGGAGACAGGAGACAGUGAGACUAGGAGAGGAAUCAACCUCAAUACUAUUGAUAUGCUGUUCAAACCAGAGAGUUUCUUGUUAUUGUCAAAGUCCCACCUCAGGCAGGUGUCAGUCAUCAAAGGAGAAACCAUUACUUACCUCUUCCAUAUUUUUAAAAUUAAUUUGAUCAUUUUUUUUAACCCAUUUUAAAAUGCAGCCUUAACCCUCCAAUGGGCCAUAGAUCUAGAGAAUUGAUGUUAGUCUUACAAGUAGUGACUUGUUAUUAGACCUAGAACCCAUCUCAGAUCCAUUGGAGGGUAUCCGCUUUAGCCGUGGCUAGAUAUUACAUUAGAAUAUUCCAAUGCGUUUGUCGUUUGGACAGGGUCAUGUUUCCAAGUGCUUUCCCAGUAAAGCAGCAGACACUUGAUUUUCCCCGAGUCUCUGAUUUUUUUUUUGUGUGCUAUUAAAUAUUGAACCAUGCUUUUUUUGGAGUGGAGAAAUUGUUGGAAAGUAAAUGCAUCUUUUUAAACAAAUAAAACAAUUAUUUCGUAA